AUUCAUUACAUGCGUUCUAAAUUGUGUAAUCUAUUUCUUUUAUCGCUCGCUGGAUAUAUUUUUUAAGCAAAUACAUGUCAAUUUCUUGGGUUAAAAUAAAAAAAAUCCCACUUUUAUUUUAUUCUAUUCGAAAAAGAGUAUCAGUUAAAUCUCUAGGAAAGAAUGCUAGAUUCGCUGGAGCAACAGCCGUAGGUCUCGGUGGGCUUUUCAUCGGAUAUUAUACCAAAAACAAUGCCAAUCCUUUAUCCUUAGACGAAAAUGAGACGGCCAUUCUACAAAAAAAUAAACUUAAGUUUUGGAAUUUCUUCAACAAUUUGUCUCUCUCUCUCCAAGCAAAACUAUCAAGGAACAUUCAAACCCUCUUAAAUUUGGCUGAGCAUCAUGAAUCAUAUAUUAGAGACCUAGCAAUUAACAACAUUAUUCAAACUGAAUGGAGUGAUAAUGAUUUAAAUUUGAUUGAACUAGUUGCGUCUGAUCGUAUUCAAGUAUUGAUUUCAUUAAAGGAAAAGACUAAUUUAGAGUUAUUGAAAUUUAAAGAAAAUUUAAAGCCCUGUGGGGAAUCAUUAGAGCUAUUAAUGAAGGAAAGCUUAAAGAAAAUUAUCCCAUCGGAUACUUAUUGUAAAUAUUUACAAAAUUGUGCUCUGAGUGAAAAAUGGCUUAGUGAGGAACAGCAGUCUUGGUGGAGUUUUUCAGAGUCUUCCUGUGAAAAAAUUGUUGAAUUGGAAGAUUCUGAACAGUUUUAUGCUAUGUAUUUGGAUACUUAUUGCACAAUUUGUCAAUCUGAUGACUAUAUGCAAUUUUUAGACAAUAAUGGUUUACUGAUUUUGAGGCAAAUUCUAGAUGAUAGUCCUAAUGAUCUUCUCCUGACAACGAAAGUUGCAAAGAUUCUUGCUGUGCUAUCAUCUCAUAAAGAGACUCAUUAUCUUAUUUCUAAAAGUGGUUUUAUAAGUCUCUUUGCAAAAUGGAUGAGAUCAAGUGAUCUUUCUCUAUCUCUUUAUGCAAGUAAAUCUCUGUGGAAUAUGCAUGAUCCCACGAGUAUUUAUGCAGAUGGAGUUUACCUAUAUUUUCCUUUAUUUUUGAAAAGUAGUGAACCAGAAGUGGAUAUCAUUUUUGUUCAUGGAUUAAAGGGCGGACCAUUUCGAACUUGGCGUCAAAAGGAUUCAUCAGAUAAUAAGUCUCCAAGUUGUAAAUGUUGGCCAAAGGAUUGGUUGGCAAAAGACAUUAAAAAUUGUAGAAUAAUAGGUGUAGAAUACGCAACCAAAUUAUCAGAUUGGACUUCCCCGAAUCAAGAUCCUCUACCCCUUAGAGCAAAAUUUAUGGCUGCAAAAUUGAAAGAAGCUGGAGUUGGAAAAAGACCCAUAAUUUGGGUGGGUCAUUCAAUGGGAGGACUAUUAAUAAAGCACAUGUUGGAAGAUGAGCAUUUAAUCGAAAAAAGUCAUGGAUUUAUAUUUUAUAGUGUUCCCCACUUAGGAUGCCCCUUAGCAUCCUUAACAAACAAUCGACUCGCGUCCAUAUUUAGUCCCUCUCUAGAAGUUCGUGAACUUCAUGAGGGAAACAAAAAUCUGAUAAAACUAAAUGAAAACUUUUUAGAAAUUAUUCAACAUCGCCAAUUACCUGUCUUCAGUUUUGCUGAAGGUUCUGCUUCGCAAUUUCCUUUUGGAAUAAAACGAAUAAUUGUUCCAGAAAGUUAUGCCUACCCGGGUAUUGGAGAAUUUAGAGUUAUGGCUGAGCUUAACCACCUGGAUAUCUGUAAACCAAAAGAUCGAGAAUCUGAUUUAUAUCUUGAAACUAAAAAUUUCAUUCUGAGAAAUGUUUUUCAGAAAAUUAGUAUUAAAGCGGAAGAAGAAAAAGAUUAUUUUUAUUUAAGAAAAUUUGUUUGUAUUGAUUAGAAUCGAUGCCAACCAAAAGUGAUUAAAAUUCUAAAAAUACAAUCGCUUUAGAAGUUUGAUUUCGAAACUCAUUAAGGUUUUUUUCCUGAGA